AUUUCAGUUUUAUUCGGGCAUCGGUAGAGCUAAGUUGCAUAUUUUCGAACGAGUUUUCUCAAUCAAAGUAAAAAAGAAAAUAACUUUUAACAUAAAAUUUGUUAAUUGACAAAAUAUUACAAAUAAAACAGAUCAGACCUAUUGAUUGGAAAAUCAAUUGUCGUAAUCGAGUGAAUUAAUUACGAUUGUUGUUAUAUUUUGCUUUACGAACGAUUUUUAAUUUUGUGGACAGAAAAAACUGUCAGUGAAGUGUUACAGACAAGAACUUACAGAUUUUUUAUUUCUCUCUUUUUUCGUGUUUGAAUAUUGUUCGUCAGCAUAGUGAAUAUAAACGGCGAGUGGAAUCAUAUUGUAAACGUUCCAGAUAGGAUAUUCGGGAAAUUGAUUUUUCUCCUAUCAGUGGCAAGGUCUCUUCAAGGACGUUUUGAUAUUUUUCUUUAUCCGAUUCCUUUUUCUGCUCUGUUAGUACAUAGACGAAGGAGUUAGAAUCGGAUCGACCUAUUGAUACAAGUUUAUUAUCAGAUCCCAUCCAGUUUCUCGUUCAAUAAUUAUCUACGAUUUGCUGAUCAAUUACGGCCAAAGUGUUAAUUUUAACGUAAAGUGAAAAGAUUGCGCAAAUCGCCGUAAAUUGUUAGUGUCUACGAUUAAAUUAUUACUCUUGAAACUAGCAAUAGCAAUUAACAGUGUGUAUCGACUUCAUUGCAUAGAGAAUAUCUCGGUGUUAACAACUGCGAAGUCAUUUCAUAUACGAUAUAUAAUACAGUCAGCUAGCAACGUUUUUUUGUGCAAUACAUAAACAUCAGCUGAUCGUAUCGGUAUGGCUAUACCACCACAUGCUACAAGUGACUAUGAGAAUGAUUUUAUAGAAAAGGACAAUGGAAAUGUAUCGCAAAUGGAUUGGGAGGCGCCCGCGGCUCAAGGUUUAUACGAUCCACAAAAUGAACACGAAGCUUGCGGUGUUGGUUUCAUCGUAGCCAUUGAUGGCCGACGCACUCAUAAGAUCCUGCGUGAUGCUCAAACUUUAUCAUCGCGAAUGAAUCAUCGGGGAGCAUGUGCUUGUGACAAUGAUACCGGCGAUGGUGCCGGUGUUAUGACUGCAAUUCCUCAUGACUUUUAUGUCAAAGAAAUGGCCAAGCUGAAUGUAACCUUACCAGCAUUUGGUCAAUAUGCCACUGGUAUCAUAUACAUGGACAAAACCACUCAGCCUCGCACUGAAAAAGAUUUCACAGCCUUGGCUUGCAGUCUUGGCAUUACUGUGCUUGGCUGGCGUACUGUACCCACCGAAGUAUCAGCUGUUGGUCAGGUGGCUCGGAAAAGUGAACCACUGUCACGACAAGUAUUUGUAACGGCUGAUUUGAGCGAAAAAGACCUAAUUCGUCAAGUGUUUGUGUUGCGGAAACGCGCCACACAUGAACUCACUCAACCCGGACGUCGUUUCUACAUUUGUUCGCUGUCGAUUAAAACAAUCGUCUACAAAGGAUUGUUUACUUCGGACCAGCUAUGGAACUACUACCUCGAUCUAUUGAAUCCGGAAUUCGAAUCGUAUUUGGCAUUGGUACACACUCGCUUCAGCACAAACACUUUUCCAUCUUGGGAACGGGCUCAUCCAUUGCGUGUAUUAGCGCAUAACGGCGAGAUCAACACCUUGCGUGGCAAUGUCAAUUUGAUGAAAGCUCGUGAGGGCAUCAUGAAAAGCGACGCAUUUGGAAGUGACUUAAAGAAAUUGUUUCCGGUUGUUGAACCGAAUUUAUCCGAUUCUGGAUCGGCUGAUUGUGUCUUAGAAUUUUUGACCAUGGCCGGUGAACGUCCAUUACCGGAAGCUGUUAUGACAAUGGUGCCAGAAGCAUGGCAAAAUGAUCGUACAAUGGCGCAAGAGAAACGCGACUACUAUCAAUGGGCGGCACAUGUCAUGGAACCGUGGGAUGGACCCGCUUUAAUUUCGUUUACGGACGGACGAUAUAUAGGCGCCGUGCUUGACCGCAAUGGUUUGCGACCAUCCCGCUUUUACAUCACGAAAGAUAACAUGUUGAUAAUGGCUUCGGAAGUAGGUGUAUACGAUGUUCCUCCAGAGGAUGUGGUACUGAAGAGUCGCUUGAAGCCUGGACGCAUGUUGUUGGUCGACACCCAAGAGAAAUCGUUCAUUCAAGAUAUUGAACUGAAAACACACAUCGCAAGGUCACGUCCCCAUUCGGAAUGGUUGAAAGAGAAGUCGAUAACAAUGGACGAUGUUCGUCGAGCUGAUGUUUUCAAGAAUGAAAAAUGUCACCUCAAAGCUGCCCAGAUGAGUGUAGAUCAGCGCGGUCUGUUCGAUCUACGUCUACCUCUGUACGGCUACACCACUGAAACAGUGAACAUGCUCCUGAUUCCAAUGUUCAAAAGUAAGAAAGAAGCCCUCGGAUCAAUGGGUAACGAUGCACCGUUGGCCUGUCUGUCAGAAUUUCAACCGCUUCCAUACGAAUACUUUAAACAGUUAUUCGCUCAAGUAACCAAUCCGCCCAUCGAUCCUUUCCGCGAGAAAAUUGUGAUGUCAUUGCAAUGUCCUUUGGGUCCCGAGGGCAAUUUGUUGAAACCGUCGGCUGAUCAGGUCCAUCGUAUUUGGUUGCCAAAUCCAAUUCUUAGCGUUGCUGACACAGAAAUCAUUAAGCGGACGUCGUUCCGCGGAUGGAAAACUAAAGUUAUUGACAUAACAUUCCCGUAUGAGGAAGCCACAGAAGGAUACAUAAAUGCACUGAAUCGCAUUUGCACAGAAGGCGAACAGGCAGCACAAAAUGGUUAUCAAGUUUUGGUAUUGUCCGAUCGUGCUGGUGGUGAACGUAGAUGUCCAGUAUCGGCUUUGUUGGCACUGGGUGCCUUACAUCAUCAUUUAAUUGAAACUCGACAACGUAUGAAGGUCGGAAUUAUUGUUGAAACGGCUGAGGCUCGUGAAGUACAUCACGUGUGCGUACUACUCGGUUAUGGGGCUGAUGCCUUGUGCCCAUAUUUAGCGUUCGAGUUGGCUGUAGCACUACGUGACGAAGGUGUACUCAGUCAUACAACCACGGACGAACAAAUAUAUCAAGCGUAUGCUCAGGCCAUAGAAACAGGUAUUAGCAAGGUAAUGGCUAAAAUGGGCAUCAGCACACUGCAGUCCUAUAAAAGUGCACAGAUUUUUGAGGCAGUUGGUUUGGGACCGGAUUUGAUUGAUAAAUGUUUCCGGGGAACACAAUCUCGAUUGGGUGGUGUAUCUCUGGAAAUCUUAGCAAACGAAGGUUUGCUACGGCAUAACAUUACUUACUGCAAGCUUUCCCCCGACAUGAAAAUCUUGAGGAAUCCUGGACAAUUCCACUGGAGAGCAGGAGGCGAGGGACAUAUCAAUGAGCCCGGCUCGAUUGCUAAUUUACAGGAAGCAGCGAUCAACAAAAAUCAGAAUGCAUUCGAACGGUACAAAGAGUCCACUUUGAAGAGUGUGAAGGAAUGUACGUUGAGAGGACAAUUGGAAUUGGUGAAAGGUCGCAGUAAAAUCGAUAUUAGCGAAGUGGAACCCGCUAGCGAAAUUGUUAAGAGAUUUGCAACGGGAGCCAUGAGCUUUGGAAGUAUUUCAUUGGAAGCACAUGCUACGCUGGCUGUUACGAUGAACCGAAUUGGCGGAAAAAGUAACACCGGAGAAGGUGGAGAAAAUGCAGACAGAUACUUGAAUCAAGAUCCCGAAAACAAUAAACGUUCUGCAAUUAAACAAGUUGCAUCCGGACGAUUCGGUGUCACAGCCGCAUAUUUGGCGAAUGCAGACGAUCUCCAAAUUAAAAUGGCCCAAGGAGCCAAGCCCGGAGAAGGCGGUGAAUUGCCUGGAUACAAAGUUACUCAAGACAUUGCUGAUACGCGUCAUUCCGUUCCGGGUGUUGGUUUGAUCUCACCACCACCACAUCAUGAUAUCUAUUCGAUUGAAGAUUUAGCAGAGUUGAUCUACGAUUUGAAAUGUGCCAAUCCUGCUGCACGCAUAAGUGUAAAAUUGGUGUCAGAAGUGGGUGUUGGCGUUGUAGCUGCUGGUUGUGCUAAGGGUAAGGCCGAACAUGUAGUUGUUUCGGGGCAUGACGGUGGCACUGGUGCCAGUUCAUGGACUGGAAUUAAAUCGGCUGGUUUGCCAUGGGAAUUGGGUGUUGCGGAGACGCAUCAAGUGUUGGUUUUGAAUAAUCUACGGUCCAGAGUUAUUGUGCAGGCCGAUGGACAACUUCGAACGGGUUUCGAUGUUGUCGUUGCUGCUAUGCUCGGUGCUGAUGAAUUUGGCUUCAGUACAGCUCCACUGAUUGUAAUGGGAUGUACAAUGAUGAGGAAGUGUCAUUUGAAUACAUGUCCGGUUGGAAUCGCUACUCAGGAUCCCGUAUUGAGAGAGAAAUUUGCAGGCAAACCCGAACACGUCGUAAACUUUUUCUUCAUGCUGGCUGAAGAUAUUCGUUCAAUCAUGGCAGAAUUGGGCGUGACGAAAUUCCAACAGCUAGUCGGUCGAACCGAUUUGCUACAAGUUCGUAAAGACGCCUCAUUCAAAGCAGCCACAUUGGAUUUGUCGCUGUUGUUGAAAAAUGCGUUAGAAUUGCGUCCAGGCACAAACAUUAUCGGCGGAUCGGAGACUCAAGACUUUGUCUUAGAAAAGAGAGCCGACAAUGACUUGAUCGUUAAGGCACAGCCGGUUAUCGAUGGCAAACAGAAAUUAAUCGAAAUUGUAUCGACAAUAAACAACGAAGAACGAGCAUAUACAUCGACGCUCAGCUACACUAUUGCAAAGAAAUAUGGAGAACAAGGUCUGCCCGAUGGACAUAAAAUUGACAUUAAAUUGAAGGGUUCCGCCGGUCAGAGUUUCUGUGCAUUUUUGGUGAAUGGUGUUUCUGUUACACUGGAAGGUGAUGCAAACGAUUAUGUGGGAAAAGGCUUAUGCGGUGGUACAAUCGUCAUCGCACCACCCAAAGAAUCGACGUUCGAGUCUCAUCUGAACGUAAUUGUUGGUAAUGUUUGCUUGUAUGGUGCCACCUGUGGUAAAGCAUUCUUCAGAGGCAUUGCCGCGGAACGCUUCUGUGUUCGUAACUCAGGUGUCACAGCUGUUGUUGAGGGCGUUGGUGACCAUGGUUGCGAGUAUAUGACUGGCGGUGUUGUUGUUAUUUUGGGGUUGACCGGACGUAAUUUUGCGGCUGGUAUGUCUGGUGGUAUCGCUUAUGUGUACGAUGUCGAUGGAUCAUUCCGUGCAAAAACGAAUGCAGAGUCCGUGGAACUGUUGCUGCUCACUGAGACCAAGGACAAGCAACGAUUGAAGGCAUUACUGGAAGAAUUUUAUGCUCUCACUGGCUCCGAAAUUGCGAAGAAAAUUUUGACUACCUGGCCCGCUGAAACCGUUAAAUUCGUCAAAGUAUUCCCGUACGAAUAUCAGAAAGCAUUGAAGGAUAUUGAGGCCCGUGCUAUUGAAGCCAGUCAGAAUUCAACCAAGGCAAUCACAAACGGUCAGAACGGUGUAAACGGCGUGAAUGGUCAUGGCGCCCACGAGCCAAACAUCAAAGACAUUGAAGAGGCGAUUCAGGAUCUGGCAUUGGACAAAAAGAAAUUGGAUAAAAUUUUGGAUAAAACGAAAGGCUUCAUCAAAUACAAACGGGAAACGGGCAUUUAUCGGAACGCAACUGAUCGGCAAAAGGAUUGGAACGAGGUGUUCAAUUUCCCGAACGUACGGAAAACGCUUAAAGUUCAAGCAGCCCGUUGCAUGGAAUGUGGUGUACCAUUCUGUCAAUCUAAUGUGCACGGUUGUCCGUUAGGUAACAUAAUCCCAAAAUGGAACGAUUUGAUAUUCCACGAUGAGUGGAAGGAAGCGCUGAAUCAAUUGAUGCAAACGAACAAUUUCCCCGAAUUCACCGGACGUGUUUGUCCAGCUCCUUGUGAAGGGUCGUGCGUACUGGGCAUUUCUGAACCGCCAGUAACCAUAAAGAACAUCGAAUGCUCCAUUAUCGAUCAUGCCUUCGAGCAAGGAUGGAUCAUUCCGCAGAUUCCGGAGUUCCGUAGCGGGAAGAAGAUUGCAAUCAUCGGAUCCGGUCCAUCUGGCUUAGCUGCAGCUUCGCAACUGAACAAAGCUGGUCAUACGGUAACAGUAUACGAAAGAAACGAUCGAGUUGGCGGGCUCUUGCAGUACGGCAUUCCAACGAUGAAACUUUCCAAAGACGUUGUAAAACGACGUGUUGAUUUGAUGGCAGCUGAAGGAAUUAUCUUCAAAACAAACUGCCAUGUUGGCAAAGACAUGAAAGCAAAAGAUCUAGUCAAUGAAAACGAUGCGGUUCUCUUAACCACUGGCGCAACAUGGCCUCGCGAUCUGCCACUGGCCAAUCGUGAUUUGAACGGCAUCUACUUCGCAAUGGAGUUCUUGGAAGCGUCACAGAAGAAAAUACUCGGUGGCUCAAACGAUUGGAUUUCGGCAGAAGGAAAAAAUGUCAUAGUCAUCGGCGGUGGUGAUACCGGUUGCGAUUGUAUCGCAACGUCAUUGCGCCAAGGUGCGAAAACUAUCACAUCAUUCGAAAUUCUACCCGAACCUCCAAAAACCCGAGCAGACGACAACCCAUGGCCACAAUGGCCGAAAGUAUUCCGGGUCGACUAUGGCCAUGAAGAAGUUAAAGUGAAAUUUGGUAAAGAUCCACGCCAGUACUGCACAACAACAAAAGAAUUUGUGAGCGAUGGAUGCGGUAAUAUCAAAGGUGUCAAUACCGUUGAAGUGGAAUGGACUCAAAGUGCGACCGGCCAGUGGUCGAUGAAAGAAGUGGACGGAUCUCAGAAGUACUACGAAGCUGAUUUGAUUCUGUUGGCUAUGGGAUUCUUGGGUCCGGAAAAGAGCGUUCCAACCGAACUGGGAUUGGAAUUGGAUAAUCGAGGCAACGUAAAAGCUGUUACUGGACAAUAUGGUUCGUCGGUGGAAAAAGUAUUUGCGGCUGGAGAUUGUCGCCGAGGCCAGUCCCUGGUAGUAUGGGCUAUAACGGAAGGACGACAAGCGGCUCGGCAGAUCGAUUCCUACUUAACAAAUGCACCGAGUUUGUUGCCCGGUCCAGGAGGUGUUAUCGAUCCGACUAAAAUGCCCUACGACGGAUAAAUUGCAUGGCUUAGGAAGAAAUUAAAAAAAUUUAUUUAUUUUUCAAAUUAAAAACAAACGAACGCACCAUAGACGGUUAGCAAUUGGUUAUCAAUAUGAUGCGGAGCGUACAAUGAAACGAAUGGAAUUUUAUGCAUUCGAGAAGCUAUGUACAUCGUGUGAUCAAAGAUUCAGGAUUUAUGAUUUCUUGCUAGUUUGAGACUUGCUAAAAUUAAUUUUCUUAAAAAAAUUUGUUUGUGAUUCUUACUUAAAAGUCGUCUGUGGUAUUUCAAUAAGGAUUUUUUUUUUCACGAGCAAAUUCGAUCGAAUAAAUGAAGGAAUUUUUGUUGAGACAAAUUUUUCAGCAAAGAAAUAAAUUUAUUUUUACACAACAAAACAGGAAAUGUGUCGACCUCGGCGGAGAAACAACAAAUUCGUCAAUAGUAUUGCAAUGAUUUGCAUGGCGUUUCUAACGAAAUUGAUCAGGUCCGUUAUCUCUUAAAUGUUUAGUAUAAUCUGUUUGUUAACUCAAUAUGUGCCAAUGUGAGACUCCUUUUAAAGGAUCCUUCUGUGAGGUAAUAUCCGCGAAGUCUUCUAAAUAAAUUUCUCCUACGGAGACGAUUAAUAUUGAACACUAAAAGAAGAGGAAAAUUGACUCCGACACUUCAACAAAAGAAUUUAGACAAAAAAAAUAUUUGAAAUUGGAUGAACUUCGUAUAUCAUAAAGUUCUCGACAUUCAAUCUGCAUGUAAAUGCGAAACCGGCAUGAAAUCGAAUAUCAGGAAGUGUGAGCAUAAAUCAAUUUUUAAGUCAUCGAAUAACAACUUUGCCGGUUGAAUGAAUCUUCCUUCUCUAUCUAUACAAACAAAAAUUUCUCGAAAAGCAAAGCUUUUACUAAUUUCAAAUUCUUUGAAAGCCUUCGAAGGGUGAAAAACAUUCCAAAAAAUGCCCUUGGUGAAUGGUUAAUGCAAUGUUAAUGUUUACCAUCGAUGCAUUUGUUGUAUAUCUUCGUGGUAGAUCGACUCAUAUAAAACACACCGAUUAUACGAAAAUAUUAUCUGUUAAUUGUUUAGUAACCACCAAGAAAAUAGUUUUUUUUCUUUUAUUAUUUCUUAGAAUUAUUUUUGUAAUUUAGUUUUUUAAUUUUUGUCAUUUAAUUAACAGUCUCGGUAAUGUUCAUCGGUGCAAUGAGUGUUGUAAGUUUGAAACAUUAUCUCAUUUUGAUGGUUUAAUUUGAUGAAUAUACUGACGACCUGUUAUUAGUUAGUUAAUUUUAUAAAAUUUCAAUAAAAAUUAAUUUUUAUUUUA